GAUCAAAAAUAACCAUGAAAAUAAUUCAGUUUAAUUCAGUUCAACACAAUCAUACAGACAUUCGAGUUGAACAUUGUUAAUCAGUGCAUCAAGUUUGGUUUACUAUUUAAAUUAGCUAAAAUGUUUCUAUCUAGGGAAGCCUAAGGGAUUGCAUUAGAAGAGCACGUAGCGACAGUUGAGAGGAAAAACUUUAACAAGAAGAAACCUCCAGCAGAACCAGGACCUGGCUCAGAAUGAGCUGCCGUCUGCCAACACCAACUGCAGGUUGAGGAGACAGAGCAGAGACACAAAGAAGAAACGGAUGAACCAGGUGUGCUUUCCAUGUUAAUGAAAAGUAAAAAGUUAAUAGCAGGAGAGGGAGAACAUUUAGUGCUUGGCAACAUUAUCAGCCGGCAUCCCUCUGCAGAAAGUAGAAUGCCAGACCCAACAGCUUCUACGGGGAGAAAAAUACAGAGUGAAACAUUAAAUUAUACAUUGAAAUAACCGCAAGUAAUUGUAAGUGUAAGUGUUUUCUGUUGGUAUAAAAAUGUUUUUUAGACCAACAAAAUAAAAAAGACGACUCAAAAAGUUAGGAAAUUAAUUCUACAUCUUUUCUUUUUAAGGCAAACGUCUGGAAACCUGUUGCGGACCUACAUUGACUGGUUCUUUGCUUUAUCUCAUUUGUGUAAUUGUCAGUGUUCAGUGUGAAACAUCCAAUUCACUCCCAGGUCAGAUUGUGACAUGUUCUAAAAUUGGCAAAUCAAAAAAGAGCUUGUUGAAAAACAAAACAUGUCGAUUUAAAUAGAAAUAUACAUCAGUCAAGCACCGACUUGUUCCCAGAGACCAGUGUAGACAAGUCAGACUCCUCCUGCACGUUUGAUGGUAAAGAGAGAAAACUGCGUCAGAGUUCUUAAAAUAAAUCUAGAAAGAAGCGAAUUGCUGUAAAAUCUUUCGUCCCUGUUUAACAGUCACUGCAAGGCCCUGCAGGCUGAGGACAAAGUUCAACUUUCAACGAGUUAAACCUCGUUUCAGUUUGCUUUACUUCACUAUCAGCACUUGAAGGUUUGUCUAGAAAAAAGAACCAACAGCAACUUUAGAACAUUAUUACUUUUUUUAUGUAAGACGUAGAUGUAGUUAAAAGCAGAUAUUUACAUGCAAUGUAUAAAAAGAUGCAAACAAAUUCUUUCUUUCUUUCUCACUGUUUGAAGUAAAGUUAGACCAAACCUUUUUUGUUUUAGUUUAGCUAGAAUUGCUCAAUUUAUUUAUAUUUGCUAAAUGCCGGAAAAUGUGUCGAGAACAUAUUUUAGGAUUUUUAUUUUGUUUAUUUAUUUUUUUCAACUUUCCUAAAAUUCAAAAGUUUACAUACGUUUGAUCAGUAUAAGAGAUUCCUUCCUCAAGCUUCUCUCAAUAGCUUAAGAGAAGCUUGAGCUUCUCAAGCUCAAUUGUUUGAACAUACAUUCAAUUAAAUGUAUGUUAAUUGAAAUGUUUGCAAUUAACAUACAUUUCAAUAGAUAGCCAAAAGUAGUAAAAGUUGAUGAGUUUUUCUUCCAUUUGCAUUAUUUUCCAUCCACUGUUGGCUCGUUAAUGGAGGAAGGUUUCUUAGAUCACUCAACUCUACUAAAUCAACCAAUUAUUCUGGCAUAAAAAGGCUUUAACUCAAGCGAUGAACCAGUGCUGGGCUGACAUCUCACAGAAAACAAGCAAAAACAGCAAAAAACAAAACUUUGCCUUUGGAUCUUUUGGCCAUUUGCAACCAGCAGUCUGUGACAAAUGCAAAGUUUGAUCAAAUGUCUUCAGCUUCAUCUGCCAGCAUCUGAUGAGGCUUAAUAGGAAUCACGUUGUGGGCUUGCAUGAUGUCAGGCGGUGCUUCGUGCAUAAUAUGGACAGUGCUGUCAAAACGUACCGUGUGGGUGAGCGCCCAGACACACACACGCAGCUCGUUGGGUUAGAAUAACUAUGAGUAAAACUUUCCAGUGUCACAGCAAUAGCAGAAACGUUAAAAACAGCAGAGAAAAAUCCUCUUCCCCCUCUUCAAAAUCAAUACAAGGUUGAUCUAAAAAAACAACAACACACAAAAAAGAAGCAAUUAUUUUUCAGACAACAUUUUUCAACUGUCUUGUGUUGCCUCGCUAGCCUGCGUGUUCACAUCUAUGAGCUCAAAGUUUCACCUGCACGAUUUACUGCGGUCGCUCAGCUGGAUGAGGACGAGCUACAAAAGGAUUUCCUGUAAACAUUCCCGAAUCUAAAAACGUGGAAACCUGAGAAUCUUCAGACACGUUUGGUUUGAGACAAUAAAACAUUUUUUGAAAACGGGGCUGGUUAUGGGUAGUUGUCCAGGGCGGCAUCAGAAAGGGGCGUGGCAUCCAAGAACUAAAAAAUUUAAACAUCUGUCACUUGUCCCCUGAACAAGUUUGCUACUACAUGUACUAAUGUGUAGUGAAGUAAAUUUCCCUUAGCUGUUGUGGAGUCCUGAAAUUAUCUGAGGAAAAAAAACGGAUAAUUUCUUGCAUUUUAAUUGGUUGUAGUGAGCAGAAGGUGGGGCUUGCCCAGGCCACCAUUCCUAUAACUUCAUGUAUAUUUAUAUUUUGAGCUCACGAAGUUUGGCAUAGUGAUUAAUCAUGUUGCUAGUGUGUGAUUAAUCACAAUUACAUUUUUCAAUAGAUUGACAGCACUAGUUAAAACACAGCCAUAACGCAACAUUUCACUGUCAAAAAUCAUCUUGAUUGCUCUUAUGUAAUUUUCUGAGAAACAGGAUUUUGUGUUUUAGUGUGUUAACAGCCAUGUUGAUCCCAAUUAACAGAAUGAAACGCCUGACCCUAUUGGUAAUGGAUCUUUUUAACUUGAGCGUAGUGUUUUAAAAUUAAAUUACUGAAGUAAAUGAACUUCCCCAUGAUCAUCUCAUGUAUUUAGCCUGAUGCAGCUGUCGCUGUGUGAGCUGCCCAUCUUCCCAUAGAGACAUUUCUCUCUGCUCCUCCGACGUGUCUUCAUCUCGAUUCUGGACCACGACAGAGUCAUUUGACGUCGCCCAGCUCUUGUGAAAACCAGCCUUCCGAGGAAAUUCUCCAGCUGUUCUGCUCCUCAAUGCCACUUUUUGUUGUGCAAAGAAAAAUGAGGCCUGCUUGACUGAUAAGACUUGGCUUCAGGAGUCGUGUUCAAACACGCCCCGUCUCCGUCGCCGUCCUGCCUUGAAGAAAACCAUGUGGAGCCUUGUCUUUUUAUUGAAAGUAGGCCAGCGACCCCAGAGAUAAUCACAGCGGCAUGACCCUCGGAUGCGUGGUUGCUAAUCCACCGCGCGCCGUUCUUCCUGGACCCUGCAGGAAGGACACAACUGUAAAUUGAGUGGCGCCUCGCUGCGGUUCUUUGACAGGAGGCACCUGACCUGCUGCCAUUCGCCGAGCGAUUUCUGGAAGGAGUUCUUCCUUCCUCAAAGUUAACUCUCUCUGCCCCCCACCACUCCGCCUUGGUGCCGUUGCCGACCUGACUAACAGGAAUGUGAUCGCUGUGCAGAUCAGGAGCCGUCAGACUUGUAGCAACAAGCACACACUCUGCUUGUUGCAUCAGAUCUGAGAGCAGUCGGCGUGAGUCUGUGGGUGUGUUUCGUGUGGCUUGGUUUAAAAAAAAAAAGGGAAAAAAAACGUGAAGUCAGAUCAGGAAGUGUGAUGCUGUGACAGGACAGGAGGAAACAGGCUCAGAAUGGCAGUGUGUGUCUCUGCUUGAUAACAUGACGGCCCCCCGGCUGAAGACCCCGGCUCUGUUCCUGCUGCUGCUGCUGCUCAGCGCUCUGACCGGGACAGCAUUUUGUCGAGAAGAGACGUCAAGUCAAACAAAAAACAGUAACAGUACAGCAAGAAGUCAGGUUUUUACUUCAACUCCUCCAACUAUUCCAGGGAAUAAUGACAACACCACAAACACAGCACAACCGGAAGUUCCUGAAGGAUCUGGUUCAGGUGAACCUGAUACUUCACCAGAAAUUGUGCUUAUGAAUGAUCAAUCAGGGAAUAACGGCGAUGAAACUCUUGACCAAUUCAUCCUGAUUGGUGCGGUGGUGGCAGGCAUAAUCGUUGGUGCCAUCAUUAUCGUUGGCGUUGUUGUCUGGUGCAGGCGGAGUAAAAAAGCGGGGAACCAAGAGCUUACAAAAGAAGACCCACACUUAGACGGACCAAGCUCAGAGAAGGUCCCUAUGCCAAUGUUCGAAGAAGACGUGCCAUCUGUGCUGGAACUGGAAAUGGACGAACUGGACCAGUGGAUGGAGAAAAACAGUUAGAGGAUGACACAUCCCAGGCCGUGCUUCGCUUCCAUCUUUCAUAUUCUAACUCUUUCUUGACCGUUUCUCCCCAAUCCGGAGGUGCUCAUUUCCAGUCAGGAGUCAACAGUGAUGCGCUGGACACGGCGCAGCAAAGCGUCCGUCUCUAAGGAGCUGCACCUCAGAGCUCGGAUGGAGCAACGCCUCCUGGUCGUCCCUCAGUGGAGAUAAACUGCUACUAACGAUGUCAUUACUUACGCUUUGUUCAAUGUGUUUCAUUCAGAUCCAUGCACAGUGUUUCAAUGCACAUUUCAUCUGAUUUUUUACACAUAAAACACAGGGGAUGAAAAAAAAAAAUCUCAACCAAAUGUGUCCUCGCUGUCUCUAGAUUCACACAGUUGGUCUGUGUGUGUUCAGCUCGGCGUGUAAUGGGAAAAUAACCUUCCCCAGCCCUUCCAGACGACUGCUCACUGCUCCCCCGGUGGCUUUUCCUCUUGCUCAAAUGUUACAUGACUCCCUCCAGCUGCAGGUUGUAAUGACUGUGGGCAGGCAUGACGGAGAACAUCUGUUUGUUAUCGUUUGCAGAACAGCUCUGGAUUUACACAGAGAUCGUUUUUAUUCUAAGUCUCUGAGUCGUCGAAGCGAUGAGACUCCAGCUUCCGAGGCUUUUGAUAAAUUAUUGGCCACUUCGCCGAAACGGCCCGCUAAACAGCGACUGUUGAUCAGAUAAGAGGUACCAGAUGAAUAUCUGGACUAAAUUCCUCCGAUCGCCUGAUGCUUCUCACAGAUUUUCUUCCCCGCCGGUUUUGCCUGUAAAAGUUGUCGGAUGUGAACGAGUAAACACUGAUGCAGAUGUGAGUUCUUUCCGAUUCAGGCAGUGUCGGACGUGAACUCGCACUGUAAAUAUUUCACUGCCAAAAUGUGUUAUCGUGACAUUUCUGUAAAUAUAAAACGUGUGGAGCUUUGUUUGGCUUGUGAAGCUCUUCAGUUCCAUGAUUAAAGUGUCCCGAUGAAGAGAC